GCGUCAUUUAGUAAUUGCACGAAACCGUUACAAAGCGUUAUGCAUUAAUAUUAUAAAUCAAUAAAUAAUAUAUCAUCAAAAGACAACGGAGGUCCAAGAAAAACAUAUUUUUAUAAAUUUACCUUUUUUUGUUAUUUUUUUUUGUACAUUUCUUUCUAUUAUUUUUGAUGUCGAUAUUUCUUUUAAGUGAGGUUCAAUUAUGUAUUCUUUUAUCAUUUAUUAAACAUAUUUCCAUGACAGAAAACAUUCUCCGCAAAAUUUUAGAGAGGAAAGAAGAACGAAAAUAUGUUCACCCCCUGUGGACACAAAUGUUUGUUUUAGACUGUUUGACCAGGCUUUUGUUAAAUAAACUCAUUUAAAAGGGUAUUAUUUUGGGAGAAGAACAGAUGCAGAGUUGAAGUGCAACGAAUGUGGGAAAAUAAAAUAGAAUUUGGAAAUUUGUUUUUGCAGAAAAUGUUUACCUUUCACACAGUUAGUAAAACAAGUACAAAAACAUCAUAAGAAUGUCGUUUGUUCCCUGUGUCUUCUUUGCUUUCAUCAUCACACUGAAGAUUGGAAAAGGAGUUUCAAACAAUGUUGUAACAAAAUCCUAUGAAGUUUUAUAUGUACAUAAAGGAAAUGUUGAAGUGCCUGACGGUAUCUAUUGUAACAAACAAAUCAUUUCUGUUGAGAAAUCAGUAUUUACACCAGCACAUAAUUCUACAACUAGUUUCGUUCAAAAAGACAGUGUUGAUGACCAGGACGUAGAAGAUGUGAUACUUUGGGAAAUACAAGGAGUGUUAAACUUCAAGAAUUUUGUGAAUGAGACAUUCAAUUUGGAUAGCAUUAAAGAUAGAAGUGGUAAACUGGAAAUAGAGUAUAAAUGUGUGAAUAUUACAACAGAAUGUACAGACUGUGUGGUGGAUGGUACUACCUGUUUAUCAUCAAUUAAGGGAAGUGAAUGUAAGUGCUUAGAGGUUCCAGACAAGACAUGGAGUUAUACAUUUUGCUCUGGUGCAAAAUAUAUUGGUUGUUAUAAAGUACAACAGGAUAAAGCUUUCCUUCAUCAACAUUUAAAUUUAUCUCUGCUACUUACUCCUCAAGCAUGCAUUCAAGCUUGCCAAAUGCUAGGAUAUCAAUUUGCCAUUUUAAAGGGAUUAAAAAGUGGUUGUUUCUGUGUAAGAGAUAUUAACGCUACUGAAGCUGAAGAUGAGUCUAAGUGUGCAUCACCAUGUCAUUAUAACCCACUUUACAGUUGUGGAAAAAAAAUGUAUGGUCAUGUAUAUGAAACAAAUGUUGUUCCAGAUAAUUCUUCUUGCGCUAAUGCUCAAAUAUGUCCUAAUGGUACAACAUGUCUCAGUACAUUUGAUUCAUAUAGUUGUCUUUGUAACAAUAAAGGUGAUCAACCAUUAAAUUGCUAUGGCUGUUUUCAAGGUUGGAUGUCAAUGCCAGGUCUUAACAGCUGCUAUGCUGUCGUUAAUUUUUCUAAAUCCUUUGAAGAACAUGUAGAGAAAUGUAAGCUUAUAUAUGGUGAAGCCAUUGACCUAAGUCGCUUGAAUUCACUUGAGAUGUUAAUGUUCUUUUUCCGUAUAAUUGUGGAAACAUUCAUGAAGAAUUCAUAUUCAGACAUGGUAAAAAGCAUUAUUGCAAUUACCAAGAGGCCAUACAGUAUCCAUCAAUUGGCAAGUGUUGUUCCUAUUUGUCAACGAGAGAAAAGGUCUGUUAUUGGGAAAUUUCCAUGGGCAUUGUGGCCGAGUGGAACUUAUGGUCUCCCAAUGCCACUGACUGGCUGUCCAAAAGCAUUUGAUUUUAGUUGGCAAACAGGUCUUUAUCGUCAAGAUACAGAAGAUGUAAAGAAUGAAAACAACCAUACUAUUGACAGUCAUCUCUUAGGAAAUGUCAACAGCCGUUACAUUGAGCAAAGUUAUUGUAUCAAAUCAACUUUCACAAAAUCAAAUUCGUUUUGGCCGGAUGGCAAGUAUUGCAUAUACAAAAAAGGAGAAUGUCCUCCAAAUAUGUUGUCAGGGGAAAUAUUUUGGGAUGAUGAAGAUUCGAAUAACACAAAUAAGGCGGAAGGAGUUCUACCAGAUGGAAUGUUUAAAGCUGACACAAAAAUAAAUUUCUGCUGCAUAAUUACUGGUGAUACAACCCAUCCUAUAAUUCUUCCGCGAGACAAGCCAUUCUUUUUAUUUCCAUUUGGAUCAGCAACUUGCCAGUCCGUUGUUGGAACUGCAGUGCAUUUGGAACAUAUCCAAUAUGACCUGGAGAAUGAUUAUGGUAAUGUUGGUGGACUGGUCGCAUUCAAAAACUUUCAUCCUUUUGCUAAAAUUUCAGAAGCUAAAAAUCAUUUAAUUUUGUACUAUUGUUAUUACAACCCAGUACCAAGUUGUGGUGCACCGUUAUCUUCUGGUCAUGCUGAGUUUGAUGUGAAAGAUUUUUCGGUUGGGAGAGUGCUAAAAUACAAGUGUGGCAAAGGGUAUGAAAACGUUGGAGAUCAUCAAGAUGUUUGUUUGAGUUCGGAGACAUGGUCAAGUUUGAAAGGACCAGAAUGCAUCGAUAUUGAUGAAUGUAAGGUUGGCCAUGCAUGCCAUGUUAAAGCCAAUUGCUACAACACGAGAGGUUCUUUCUCGUGUAAAUGCAACCCAGGCUGGCACGGUGAUGGAAAAUAUUGUGAAAUCACGCUAUGCAAAGAUCCCCAUAAAAUUGCAAAUGGUGAGAUUGUGAUGACAGAUAAUUCAUUGAAUUUACCAGGAUCAUCUGUUAGAAGUCGAUGUAACAACGGCUAUGUGAUGUUAGGUUGUAAUGUUACAUAUUGUUUACCAUCUGGUGAAUGGGAGGACUUUCCUACAUGCAAGGAUGUUGCAUCAUAUUGUUUACCGGGAACGUAUCAUUGUGUUAAGAGGCGAACAAAGAUUUUAAUACCGAAGAUUCAAAGCGUGAGUUCUCAAAAAAUGGCAAUGUGUUGCUCGUGUCAACGGAAGACGAGGAAUGAAACGAUAGUAUCGAACGACGAUAACACGUGGAGAAGGACAGUGAUUAUUAUUGUUUGUGCACUGGCGGGUUUCAUUAUCGUUGUUGUGUUGGCUGUUUUCGUAAUCUUGAAGUUGAAUCUUCGAAAAAAUAAUGCGUCUCGUGAAAGUAUGCAAAGUAACGGCAGUAUAUACGCUGACAUCAACGAAAUAAAACUCGACUUUAAAAUUGAUAAACGAAAAGGUUCUUCUACGUCUAACACGACAAACAGUACCGAACUGAGAUUUACAUCUUCGCCACCACACCCCCCGCCAAGAUCAUCUGUGACGGAGUCUUUAUCAACAUCCAGUAGAAAGUCAUCAUUAUUUGUUCCUCCUGAUCGAAUGAAUUUUCGAAGGCGAAGUGAUUUCGGUUCGACGGAUUUACAUCUUGUUCCACCAAAGCAGUUUUCAACGAUUUUUCAACCUGAUCAUUUUAUGAAGAAUCCAAGGCGUAAUGAAGGUACCCCUUCUCUCACGCAGUUUAAAUUAAAUUCAAUGACUAAAUCACAGAGAAGAUAUUCAGAAUUUAAGCAUCCUGCUUAUCUUGGUGCUCAAAGUAAUGCAUAUUGCCAUCCUUCUUUGAGCUUGUUAUCCAGACUUGACAAAUGCGCCACUCCCAUUGCUGAGUCAGAGAACGAGAGUGAUGAUGAAGAAAGUCCGUACAUUGAUGUCACUGGAAGUUUUAUAGAGACAGAGUCACUAGCUGAGGGUACUGACCACUACCGGCAAGUACCAAAGCGUCCGGUUUCUAUUGGUCUUCGUCACCGGAGCGUUACAAUGGGUCCGGAGGUUUCCGGGCUGGAAACAGCAAGACAAACCUACCAAGCAGCUUUAUUUGGUGAUUUACACAGAUCUCACUCUCUUCCGGUGUUUGUUACUGCUUCCGGAUCGAAUUCUUCAGAUGAAGUUGAUGCAGAUAAUGAUGAUGUGUUUUUUUCCGAUGAUCCAGAUAAAAAUAAACGCGAGAAACUACAGCAAAAGAGAAAAUCAGGCGCAUCAAAAAUUUCCUUGAAAGUCAAAUUAACAUCCUUUUCACAUCGACAUAAUAACGAAAAAAACGAAAAACAAAAAGUUUCAUUCUGUGAUUUAUCAUCUAGACUAGCGAAGUAUAAAAUAACCUUUAAUAAGAAUUCUUCGACAAAACGCCGAUGUCGUUCUGAUACCAAUCCAUUUUAACUGGAAGAGAUAUCUCGUCCGUCAAAGUGAAGUUAUUGAUUUACUGCGUUGCCUUCUCGUAUUUUAUGCAGCGACUAUGGGAAAAUGCAAAACUAUGUCUCGAAUCUUUAAGUUUGUAAAUUAUAUUUGUCUCAAAAGAAAAACUGUAAAUAAAGCGACAAUCACGUA